ACUCAUCUGCUUGAGUCUUGAUGAGCCAAUGUUGAAUGCAAUGAAAUUUGUUCCUUCAGGAAAAUUCUGUACAGUGGUGCAUACUUUAAGGCCAUGAUGUCGACACUAGGAAGUCUUGUGAACUACAUCUUGAACCUCUAACUAUUCAUUCUAACAGAACGCAUUAUCACGGAAAACAUCCAUCACCAGUGAGCGACAAUCAUCCUUGACACAGAGCAAUGCGAUGAAUGGCGCCAAUACUGAGUAUGGCUCUCUCGGCUUGCAGAUUUCAGUGCUGAGUGCUGCCUCCCUACUGCCUCGUGAUGAAGCCAGCAAUCUGUCCCUGCGCUGCUUCUCAAUGCUUCGCAACUUCCUGACUGUGCCCAAUACCGGUGCACCUUUGACUCUGUCAGAGGAAGCCAAGCAGUGUGUGCUGUUUAUGUGCAACAUGCACCGUGCAGCUGACGUCUUGGGACUGGUGGUGGAAUCUGUCGAAGAGCUGCAGAACAAGCAGACACCGGUCAAGCAGCGUCGAGUGCGCUUCUGUGUCGAACGGCGGCCUUGCAAUCCUGAGAUGGGAUUGCAGGUGCUCCGGCAACUGUUGGAGUCUCCCCAUCUGCAGAUGAUGUUGCUCAAGCAUCACACUGUGCCCCUGUUCGACACCUGGAACGUCCUCUUGCGUAUUGCUGACUCGUUGAAGGACUUGCUCUCCAUCUCCAACGGCAGAAUGGUAGCUCAAGGCGAGAUGAUGACGGCCUUUGACUUGUUUCUCCUCCUCACGUACCUCCUUCAGGGCCAGAAACACCCCGUGACAAAAGAGGAGUUCAUGGCAAUAUCAACAUUUGAGUGCCAGAUGGAGUGGAUACAGGAGCGCCUGUUGCCAAAGGUGUCGGGUCAAACUGGGAGACGUCGGGAGUUGUCUGUCCAAGUGGUCAAGAUUUAUCUGAAGGUGGCUCGGUCUGUAUUUAUGGCGAAAUGGGCUACAUUUCCCUUUGCCGAGAAGGUGCUCAGCUUCUUGGCACUGUGCAAGGAAAUAGGUGAGUUUGCUGCCUGUUCGGGUAGAGAACUUAAGGGUGGACGCGGGUUUUAGAAUGAUAA